AUGGAAGGAAGCAAUCAAGCUGCUCCAGUUGAUAUAGAGAACCCAUACAUUCCAUUAGAAACUUCCAUGAGACAGGAAUUGGGUAGGUUAUCUCCUUUAUCCUCUUCAUGUUGUAUUUACAGAGUUCCAGAGCGAUUGAAACUUGUAAAUGAAAACGCAUACACACCUCAGGUAGUCUCUAUAGGUCCACUCCACCAUGGCAAGAAAGGGUUAGAAGACAUGGAAGAGCAGAAAAAGAGGUACCUACAGGAAUUUCUAUGUCAGACCAAAGUAAGCUUGGAGGAUUGCAUAAAGAAAAUUAGAGACCAAGAAACAAGAUUAAGAAGUUGUUAUGCAGAAACCAUUGGAUUUAGCAGUGAUGAAUUUGUAAGAAUCAUUCUAGUAGAUGCCACAUUCAUCAUCGAGCUCUUGUUGAAACACAAUUUCAGGACACCGAGAAAAGAAAAUGACCGCAUAUUUAACAAACCAGUGAUGUUUCAUGAUAUAAUGACUGACAUGAAAUUGCUUGAGAAUCAACUACCAUUCUUCAUUCUCGAGGAUCUUUUUUUAUCUACAAGAAGAUCGUUAUGCCAAUCAGAAGUUGUUCCAUCAAUACGAUUAGAUAAUCUAACUACACCAAGCGGGACAGAGCUAUACCAGGCGGGAGUGAAGUUUAAGGUGGGAUCGAGGAAAAACAUAUUUGACAUACGAUUCACUGAUGGGAUUCUUGAAAUUCCAAAGAUCCGAGUAGAGGAUCACACAGAGAUCUCACUUAGAAAUCUUCUUGCUUUUGAACAGUGUCAUUACGACCACAAAUAUGUAGGUGAUUAUAUGAUCAUCAUGGAUCGUUUAGUGAACAACGCAAGUGAUGUGGAUUUGCUUGUUGAUCGUGGAAUUAUUGAAAAUGUUCUAGGUGACAGGAAAGAGGUGGCUGCUCUAUUUAAUAACCUUGGCAUUGGGAUUUUUGGAUCCCCUGACUUCACAUUUGCUAAUCUUUAUCAAGACCUGAACAGGUACUGCAGUUCGACAAGUCACAAAAGGAUGGCAAAUUUGAGACAAAAUUAUUUCAACACACCAUGGCGAACUCUCUCUGUCAUUGCAGCUGUUGUUCUCCUCAUACUCACUCUUAUCCAAACUGUGCGCUCUAUUAUCUCUGCUGCUAGAGCAUGA